AUGAAGCGGCUGUAUGUGAAUCUGGUGACGCGGAAUUGGGAGAGUGGGAUUUAUGCACUGCGCCGCCUCAAUCCCGAUGUGCACCUCUUCUACCAGUCAAGAAAUGACGCAAAAGAAGUAGCAGAGAUCAACACGAUGGAUUCUGCAGCAGAUGAUAGCAUCAAGAUGAAAUCAGCAGCAGAUGCGAACAACAAGACCAAGAGAUCCAGUCCAAGGAUGCAUAGCCUGCGGCCGCUGCCUAAACCAAUCGCCAAAUUCGAUCCGUCACCGUCCGGCCUGUGGAUCAAUGACGGCCUGGAGUGGUUCGAGCUCCUGGGCCCCCGCCGCAGCGAAAGCAGGGUCGUCAACGCCAACGUGGCCGGCGACACCGUGCUAUACGACGCCGACGAGGGCAUCAUCCUCAACUUGCCUUCGCUCCACGAGCCCAAGGGAACCAACCCCGUCUGCCUCUCAAUCACCCACCCCGACGCUGAGGAAGACGCUCUCUAUGUCAUGGACCGCUAUCCCGGCCGGGCCCUUGCGCGGCGUAACACUGGCGGUCCUGGCAUGCACUCCUGCUUCGAGGUGCUCGAGUGCAGGCCCAGCUCCAGAUUUCUGGACGACAGCAUGAAGGGGUGGGGUUGGCGGCCUCUCCCGCCGCCGCCCUUCAUCUACGAGCAUGGGUAUGAACCCACCAGGAUCAUGUCCUACACAGUUGUUGGCGAUGGAACUACCUUGUGCAUCUCGUCAGAUAGGAAUGGCAUCGGGACCUACUGCUUUGACACAGUGCGCGCCGAUGAUACCCACCGCUUAGGGUGGGAUUACCGGGAUGAAUGGAGGCACGUUGGGAAUUGGGCGCUGCCCUUCUACGACAAAGCAGAGUAUGUCCCUGAAUUCAAGCUAUGGUUUGGCUUCAGUCCCCCCAGGCCAAACCACCUGUGCGCCGUUGACCUGUCCACCAUGGACCAUGGCCAACCGCCCAUUGUGCAUCAUGUUUGGGAAGAUCUUGAUCAGCCUGAGGAAGAGGACUGGGUACCAACGCAUUUCAGGAUACUGAACCUUGGCUCUGGCAAGUUUUGUGUUGCUAAAAUCAUUAGCGCAGAGGCAACUGGCAUGAAAUUUUCGGUGCUCACUGGCAUCGAGAUGGUGCACGACAAAGAUGAUCAGAGCCUCCGGAUGUUCAAGCACAAGAGUAAACGCUACAUGUUCAGCACGCCAGAUGUAAUCCACUGGGUUAUCUGA